GUUGUCAGAAUCAGGGAGAAAUAUUCUUUCAAAGGAAUUUUCUUAUUAUUCAAAAAUGUUACUUGAUUAUUUACACAAUAAAUUGGGUAUAGAUGCUGGAACUAAAAAAUAUGCUGAAUGUAUUCAUUUAAUUACAGCCUCAUUUAUUGCAGCAAAAAACUUUAAUUUAUUAAUAACAUAUCAAGAAGCUUUCUAUAAACGUAAACCAGUGAACAUUGUAAUGCCAAAUUGUCUUAAAUAUAGCUAG